AUGGCAAGGACUAAAGCAUCAGUCGGCGCAAAAGUGGCUGCAGGCAAAAGCAGUAAAGCAAGGUGCAGUGUUGCUCCUCCGCCCAGUACUGCAGGUUCCACAGGUGGCGGAGAGAAGUCGUCCAGGAGUUACUCUGGAGGGAAUCCAGUGUGUCCCAGAGAGACUCCAAAGUGGCAGAAACCUAUCACCAACUUCUUCAUUACAAAUAACAGCAGCCAUGAUUCAGGUGGAGAAGAAACAGAUGUUGCAGAAAGCACCUCAAAACCAAAAUCAAAACGCAACAUAAUUCAAUCGGACGACGAGGAAAAUGAAGCUGAUCUCCCCAAGAAUAGUGAACUAGAUGAAUCAAUAAUUCUAGAGCCUUUGACCGGUGAAAACAGUCAUAAAAUUGAAGAAUAUUACCUUAAAAACAACAAGGGAAAGGGAAUGGGAAAGAAAACAAAUAAUAAAGAAAAUAUUGAUAAUAAUACAAAGAGGAAUUCGGUGAAGCGGGAUCUAGAAGAUAUUAACUUUGGCCAAGAAAGUGAUCACGCUGUUAAGAAGAUUAAAGUGAAUUGA